CGGUUAAAUUCAGUUCGUGGUUAGAUCGCUGUAAGAACAAGUGCUGUUAGUUGUUGUACGGAAAAAAGGAAAAAUUGUAUUUACUGCAAAUUAUUUCAAAACAACAGUAUUUUUUGUUUUUUAAAUACAACGUGAAACUAAAAUAUUGAAAAAAUAAUAAUUAAAAUUGUGUCCAAAAUAAUAACCGUUAAAAAUGUUACAAAACGAUGCCGUGCGAAAUUUGCAGUACGACAGCGAAAUUCGUGUCGCGCAACAAAAUAACGCCGAACCGAGAGUUUACGAUGGACCAAUCAGCAUUACCUCACAACCGACAACAGCACCGGAACGCAUACCAUUACCACUACCAAUUUCCACGGUAGGCAACAGCUUACCGACACACCGCAGUUUUAACAUACCCAUGACCGGUUAUGAUUUUCUCACAGAGUUGCCAUCAGUGCAUAUUGAACAAACAUUUGAAUUGAUUGAGUCUUUAACUUCGGUCUCUUCCGAGAACCGCUAUGUCGUGCGCUCACCGCUAGGCGACGCCAUCUACGCCGCUUCGGAGAGUUCAACCUCCAAUAAUCGCCUACUGUGGGGCGCCGCACGUCCUUUCCAAAUGCAUUUGCUGGAUAAAACACAUCAGGAGGCAUUGCUGUUUCGCAAGCAAUUUGCGCUCGGUGCCAUGUGUUGUCAUCCCAAAAAUCUGGAGGUAUGGACACCGCCAGGUAAUUUGAUGGGGCGCGUAGUACACUCGCCCACAUUUCUGCGACCGGAAUAUUUCAUACAAGACGGUGUUACCGGUGAGCCAAUAUUUUGCAUUGAAGGCCCCGAGAAUUCGGGCUUCUGUUGCUUCUGUUUGCCAAAAGAGUCGUUCUUCAAGAUACAUUCCGGCGGCGAUCUGCGCGCUUCCAUCGAUCACAAGUGGGUCGCGGGAAAAUCACAGUACACCACAAAUAUAUAUUAUAGUGAUACAAAAUUAUCGGCCAAAGAUCGCGCAUUAAUUUUGGGUGCAGCAUUUUUAAUGGAGUACAUGUACUUCCAAACUCGGCUCUGAGCGGCUUUGGUAUUGCGAAACAACAGUCUGGCAACGCUUUUUGUAAAAUAUACUUUAUAUAUUGGGACUAAAUCUGCAUUCAUGCGUCUCUUUAUUAAAAUUUUUAUGUUUGUUUAAGAAAAAUAUGUAUAGUAGUAUUAUUCAUAGUAAAUAUUAAUCAUCUGAAGCUAUAACAUUUUCUUAUCUUUCUGCCAACUUGUGGAUACCAUGCCAACAGGACUGCAGCGGCUCCGUGGCCAAUAAUGAAUCCAGCCAAUUUUGGAUACCAUGUUCUGGUAUGAACCGUAUUCCAGUAAAGGGGUUUUGAAUCGACCGGAACAAAUUAUAGUCGGAAGGGACAAGAUCUUGCUCAUAAGGAGGGUGAGGCAAAACUUCCAAACCGCUGUUUUACAAAUAGUUUUUAAGCGCUUUUGUAACAUAAGGCAGAGCGUUGGCAUGAUGAAAAAUUAUUGUCAGUUUAGGCGGUUACUCUUGAUGACGUCGAAGAGUUUGUCUAGCUGUGCCGCUCCGUACUUGACGUCUAUGCUGACGUUCUUUUGCCAUCGCCAUCUUCAUUUUUUGCACGAUAACCUUGCACUUUCCUAGGGAUACCUCUUCUGCUCGUCUCAUUUGGGGAAUGUAUUCUUGUUUCGGCGAGUGCUGAGGUCCUUCUUCAGUGGCAGUUGGGAAGCUCUUCCCUUCUACUUCUUUUGCCGGUAGUGCUUUUGUGGCCGGAGGUUUCCUUGAGGCUGUCUUUUCAUAAGUUUUGUCUGACUGUUUUGAAGUGGCGGUGAGUAUGGGGGAUCUAAGUAUCUUACUGCUUCUAUGGAAGAUCGUCCCGUAAUCCUCGUCUUGGCUAUCUUUGUUUUGUUGUGCUUUCUGUUGGGUUUUUUGUUGUUGUUGUGGUGUAUUCAUUUCUUCUAGUGGGUCUCCGUUUGAAACCGCUAUCUCGACAUGUUGUAGCAGUUGCCCUUUAUGAACUCCGUGGUUAUCUAUGCAAGAAGGGACCACACGAGGGUUGACACAAGUCUUUAUGGGAGCUUAUGUUCAGAGCCAGGUUCGGGCACGAAUAAGGAGCUAGUUUCAACUGAAACUGUACAGCAAAAGAAGUUAUGGUGACGUGUAUUUAACAUACUUGAAGACCUGACACGUGUUUUAACGAGACGGAGGUGAGAACGGCCUGCCUAACAUUUCGGUAAGAUGCCACUCUUAUUUACUGAGGUGACAGAAUACUGCCCAACCCAGCCCUUUGUCAAAUUGAUACGUUUCGGGUUUCUAGUACACCAUAAUCGGACUCUUACUGGCCUCAAUUGUACUGAGAGCUUAGCCAGGGGUUUUCGUCGUCGUCUGUGCAUAUUGUAUGUAUUGUUCCCUCCUCACUUUGUUGCCUCCCUCUUGUGGGUAGGUUCUCCCUCGGUGCCACCCCGGUGGGGGUUGUGGACACUUAUUUAAAGGCGACAUCUUCUCUCCUCUUCGCGGGAGGUUCAAUGGGCGGGUGAGAGGUUUGUUUACGCUUCAAAUUAAUGACAUAUAAUGAUAAAAACUCGGCAGGACUCUCUUCGAUCUCUUUGAACUGCCAUCAAAGGCAAAAUAACCUAUUUCAGGUGACUAUCGACCUUCAAAAUAGUUUCAGUUGGUUCGUUCCUUAUAGACCAUGAUCGCUUGCGCUUUACGUUCUUGUAAAUAACCCACUUUUCGUCUCCAGUAACAAUGCGCUUCAAAUUAGAAUAAAUUUUUUGACGUUUGAAAAGUAAAUCACAGUCUUUAAGAACAUGAAGAACCCAUUCGUCAAUCUUUGAAAUUAGUCCUGGAUGUUUCAUGUUGUUGGAAACGGUUGCGUUAGAUAAAUUUAUGUAAUCUUUCAACAAUCUUUCGAGUUCUUAUUCAACGACUUGCAUCGGCCAACGACAUUAUUUUAUCCAAAUCGGCUUCAAGAGACCUUCUCGGAUGUGGUUUUAGAAAAUUCUUACAAAUAAGUCUUACAGUAUCAGCUGUUCAAAUAUAUAACGGUAAACGGGUUAAGUGUGAAGUUGGCUGCGAAAAAAUUCACUAAGAACAGCUGUUGUCAACAAACGAAAUUACUUUGUGAACGACCCAAUAGAACAAUGGAAGUAAUCCACGAAUGCAAUUAAAGUCCCAAUAUAACAUAUGUUUUGUAAAUGAAAGUCUUUAUAUUUGACAUUUUUGCUGGUUUUGUUUUAUUUCAUCAUUUCCAUCGGCCAUGGUUUUUACUUUAAAUAUAUAUUUAUUUGUAUAAUUAAACAUAUGUACCGAUAUUUAUAUAUACAUACAUUUAACCAUUGUAUUUAAAUAAUAAUUACUUUAUUUUUU